AUGAUCCGUCAGAUAUUUCUAUUGGGCUUCCUUGCCCUGGCCAACGCGGCCAAAGUUAUGCAAGACCUGCCUACGUUGAAGCUACCAUGGGGCACUUGGCAAGCUACAGUCUAUGAAGAGGAUGACAAAAUCUACCUCUUCCGUAAUGUCCGCUUUGGAGCACCACCGGAACGCUUCGGCCGCCCUUCCUUCCCAGACGAGAAAAGCGAUGCACUGCAGACCAUCGCACAGGACAUUAGUUGUAUCCAGUUAGAUACCUCGUCAAUGAAGAAUCCCCCAGGAGGCGACAAGCCCAUCGGGGACCCGAGGAACGACGAUGUCUUGGAAACCGAAGACUGCCUUUUCCUGGACGUAUAUGUUCCCGUCUCCGCCUUUGGGUCUGAUAUUACGGAUCUUUUGCCAGUUAUCGUAUGGAUAAACGGGGGUGCCUACGCGGCUGGAAGUAAAAAUCCUUCCGGUCCGAUCGCUAGCGGGCGGUCGAUCCUGAACGCAUCCGAAUACCAAACGAUUUUCAUCGAAGGAAACUAUCGUCUUGGCGCGUUUGGGUGGCUUGCAGGUGAUUACAUGCAACAGGUUGGACAGCCCAAUGCCGGCUUGUAUGACCAGGCUCUGCUGUUUGAGUGGGCACAGGAGUACGUCGAACUAGUUAAAGGGGACAAAGAUCGAGUCACCGCCUGGGGCGAGUCUGCUGGCGCCGGAUCAGUCCUGCACCACCUCAUCCGCGAGGAUGGUACGAAAGACCCUCUCUUCAGGACUUUCGCGAUCCAGAGUCCUGCUUUCCAAUGGGCUUGGGAUAAUUCUCCAGGUGGCACUCUCGACACUGUCUAUCGAAACUUCUCCGACUUUGCGGGAUGCGGCUUUGAAUUUGACAUUGACUGUCUAAGAAAGGCGCCCGAGGAAGACCUAAGACGUGCCAAUCAACUGAUUUUCCGGUCUUUCCCUUUGACUGGCCUCUUUCCGGUAGGGCCAGCAGUGGACGGGGGCUGGGUUAACAAGUUCUGGCAUGACAUUGACUCUGCUAUUAUAUCUCAUUGCGCAAAUGAGUCUUUCGGUUUCACUCCCGUGGUUACCAACGAAACAGAGUUCGAUCAAAUUCUGGAAAACUUCUUUCCUGGCUCUCGCCUAAAGCCCCAGAGAGAUGCAGUUAAAGAGUACUAUAACUGCGAGGAGCUUUAUGACGGCGACUUUUACGCCUGCCUUUCCGCCAUCGUCCGGGAGUCGUCAUUUACAUGCAAUACCAGAGACCUGUUCGAGGCGUACCCAGCGGAGUCAUAUAUGAUGCGAUACUCAUUUCCGCAGUCCUCUGUCGCCUUUCACGCAUCCGACCUGUACCCUUUAUUCACAAAGAACGCCGAGGAAGUCAUCGCCGCGCUAAACGGUUCAAUAGGCGAAGAGAACGCGACAUUAUAUGCGAACCUGCUCUACGGCCUCAAGAUCCCAGAAGCAUAUAAGAACUAUUUUGCUUCAUUUGCUCUCACUGGCGAUCCGAACGAAGGUCUCUUGAGCCCUCCUUAUGAACAGUGGCCAGUUGCAAAUGGAAGUAGCGAGCUUCUCUCCAACGUUAUGAAAGUAUCCCUUAUUUUUAGCCUUACCACAGAUGACCAGAACUCGAAGAGCAACUGCUCGUUUUGGACAGAAAUUGCCAAGGAACUCAGCGGAGGACUAGAAGGUCAUGGUGGAAUGGCGGUUCAAACCCAAGUCCUAAGCGACUCCUUGGAACUCUAAUCUCCUAGAGAGCAAGUUAUCAUUGAGCUAAGGUACCCGAGGUCUACAUGAGGUCUAAGCUAUAGUGUCAAGUAGGUAUAUAGUAAACGAAUAGGAAUCUCAGAGUGUAUAUCUACCUUAGACAUAUCAUUUAGUAUCCGAUCUUGUUCGGGAUAAUGUAUCAAGCCAGCUCGUC